CCCUACCUUACUCCCUGGCAAGCCCAGGUACCCGGACAGCUUCUGUUGUCAUCGAAGCUUUUUGUGGAGAUUUUGGACUGUUGGUGGGGACCCAGCAGCCUUAUGUGGGACAUCCCCGUGAAGUCUAAGCUCUUUACCACGUAUAGCACCGGGUGGGUAAGGUACACUUCGGCGCCCGACGCCAUGACAGCGCCUGGCUUUACUAUGUAA